CAGCUAUCGAAGAACACGAGAAAGGUGAGAGCUCACAAAGGAAGUACAAGUCGAGUGGUAUUAGAAGAGGCACCCAGACUAGCCACUUCCAAAAAUCUACUCCUCAUCUUCAAACCUCAACACUUGCGCAUCCUCGUCCACUGCAACGUUUCGGUACCCUCUUCUCGAGCGGAACAGAGAGGGGCACCGAAGCAAGAGUUGCGAGAGGACCAGAAUCGGUGAACGAAUACGCAUCCGGAAGUCGGAUCGCACUAUACAAGUUAUUAGCAUGGAGUUGUAUUGACG